UGUCCUGGCCUGUCAAAAUACAUUCUGACGAUUGCGGGGCACCUAAAAGUUAAGUCCAAGCUAUAAAAGGAAUCAAAUGGCGUCUCUCUGUGCCGCCCGACCAUCGCAACUGGUUCAACGCUUCAAUCCAACUACUAAAGCUAAAUUUACCUUCAGCAGCAGCGCUGUCAAACUUACUACCAGAGUCUGUCACGCCUCUUCCAACUCCAGGUUCAAGAAUACUGUAACAUUGCAAGGAAGGGAAAGGUUACUUGUUGCAUUUGCAUCAAACUCUAGUCCUCCUGGUGGAGAUUCCAUCAAAGAUACAUCUGAUAGGAUCACAAGUAAUGCCACCCAAGGCCCUCCACUCCUAACUUUUCUGGCAGGAUUCCUUGUUUUUUGCAUCAUAUGCUGGAUUUUUGGAUCUAUUAUAAUGUGGCUGUUCGGACUAAUAGUUAAUGUGCCUCCUUCAAAGUAGGCUGAAUUUGUACUGUUAGUAAUGUUGAAAUGCUAUAUAUGCCUAGCUUCUCUGCACUAUUGAGGCAGAAAUUUGAUCAAAAGAAAAGGAAGCAGAAAAGCAAAAUCAUAGCAGUAGGUGGAAUGAAAUAAAUCUAGUAUGCUAUGUAACUAUCGUAUCCAUUAAUGGGUUAGCCAUGAUUUCUGUCUUCAGCACUAUGUUAAUUAUAUGUAAAUGUUAUACUCUAAUCUAGGUUGUGUAUGAUAUAGUUAAAUUUUUGUUC